GCUGCGGGGGGCGCAGAGGGGCUCGGGGCGAGCGGAGUUCCCUCCGCUGCGGGAGGGUGCGAGGCGCCCUGUCCCUGCCGCCCGGGGUGCCCUCAGGGUGAGGCGGCUGAGGGCCCGAGUCUCCCCCGCUGCUCUGAGGUGGAGACAGGUGCGUCCCCGCCGUGAAAAGCCCCACGUAGGAAAUUCGCAGAAGCCCCGUUUUGUUUCAUGUCUUUUUUUGGGGCAGGGUGAAAAAAAGAGCAGGAAAAGAUCUCAUUAUGGCACCAUCGGGAAGGAAGCAUGGAGGAAAAGCUGGUAAACCAGCACCAGAAGAACAGACCCUACCUGCCUAUGACUUUGAGGAGGAUAGAAAAGAACUGAGUGGAUCAGAGGAAGAUAUUAGAGAAGGCGACACACCAGUAAUGGACAAGCAUGGAAAGAAAAGACCCUUGGCGACUACUCAUGUGGUUCCAGAUGAUGUGGGGGGUGAAGUACAGAAUAUGCUGGAAAGGUUUGGAGCUGACAUUAACAAGGCUCUCUUAGCUAAGAGAAAAAGAUUAGAAAUGUAUACAAAAGCCUCACUCAAAACCAGUAACCAGAAGAUUGAACAUGUUUGGAAAAUGCAGCAGGAGCAAAGGCAGAAGCUCAAUCAUGAAUUCUCCCAGCAGUUCCUGACUUUAUUUCAGCAAUGGGAUGUAGAUGUGCAAAAAGCAGAGGAGCAGGAAGAAAAACUAGCGAAUAUGCUUCGUCAGCAACAAAAAGUUUUUCAACAGGCAAGAAUAGUUCAAAGUCAGAGACUGAAAACCAUUAAGCAACUCUAUGAGCAGUUCUUAAAGAGCAUGGACGAGCUGGAGAAGAGCAAUGAAAAUCUUCUGGCGGGUGCCCAAAAUGAACUCCGCAAAGAAAUGGCUAUGUUGCAGAAGAAGAUUAUGAUGGACACCCAACAGCAGGAGAUGGCAACUGUUCGCAAGUCUCUUCAGUCCAUGUUAUUCUGAUGGCUCAAUGGAGAAACAAGUUGUACCUAAGUAACAUGACACAAGUACAGGCAUUAGCCACAGAGAAGGAUGUUAAGAUAUAAAUGUUUUAAGGUUCCUAUUAAAGGCUUUCAUGGAUUAUUCUAAUCUUGUGUCUAGUAAUGUUGUAAGCACGUAUAUUAGUAAAUUGUAUUAAUGGCGGGGCAGUAUGGACCCCAAACUGUCUGUCCAAUUAAUUUUUAACUACUUAAUAUUAACUUUCAAUAGCACUGGACUGUUAAAAUUGUUUCACUUUUUCUAAUGCCAAAUUGUUACAAUGGGCAGAAUUAAUGAAAACCUGCAAUAGCCAGAUUUUACAUAUUAACUUUAGGCCUUUAGGUAAAUUGUGCAAGUAGAAGCAUUUUUCACAAGAUGCAGAUUUCUGUAGUUUCAUCAUUUAGUCAGCUAACAUAUCAGCAGUUAUAAGUUCACAGGAUAUGACAUGUAAGAUUGUUUAAUGAUGUGCAUUACAAUAAAUAAAAGUAAAUUUUGUUAACUCUUUUGUUACAGUAGGUAUUUAAAUAUCCUUGUAUUAGUAAGAGAUUUAUGAACUGCUGUAAUUUGUCCAGAAAACAUUGGGCUUUUUUUAGUUGAAUGAUGAGCUUUAUGUAUCAGCUCCAGUAAGCAUAAUUGAACAUUAUGCAUUUUGGGGCAUAUACUUCUUGUAGAGCCACUGCAAGAAGAUGGGGUACAUUUACCUCAUUUACUUAGUACAAGCUAUUACAAGCCUUUGAGAUGGAAUAUUACUUUUUGCAAUCCCAAAUGACUAGCAAUUUAGGGAGGCCUGAGUUUUAAGGGUAAAGCAUUUAUCUUUCAUGUAUCUCAUUGCAGUAAACAAGUACAAAUUAAACAAUUGGCUUAGUGUG